AAGUAGUUGCUUAAAAUGUCACGACAUUCGGAUAAACUUAAUAUUAUAGAUCAAGGUACAUAUCAAAUUCUAAAAAAGGAUAAUGGGAACUCAACGCCAAAGGUACUACGCAGUGCCAAGUACAAAAAUAAGCACAAAAGGGAGCAGCAGUGUACUCUCUUGGACUUCCUCGUUGUGCCCCGCCAAAAACAGAAACAAAUAAACAAACGGAGACGCCCGCAGCUGGUAGCAAGAAAGUGCGUGGCGCUUCAAACCAAGCGCAAGGGAAAGACGCGAUUGCAUCCUAAACGCCGUAUAGCGCGCCUGAAGCGCAUUAUCAGAAAGUAUCGCAAUUGGAAGCAACAUAAGGACGAGGACAACAACUAUGUGGAACCGCUGCAGCAGGCACUGGACCCAAUGUCUGUCAGUCAUGAAUCCGCAAGCGAAAAUAUGCUGCAGGCUCCGCUGUCCGAAAAGCUCCAGAAGUUGACCUUAGGCGAGACGGAGAAGCGGUGUACUUUGGAAGUGGAAAGCAGUCUUUCCGCUUCAGUUCAACUAAAGGAAAUUCAGCGCCUGACCUUGAACAACGUGGAACCAAACACAUUAGGAGUAAUCACAAAUUUGAGGUGCUUGUCCCUAAAUGACGCCGUAUCAGGCCAACCAGCAUCGUCUACUAAUCAAAUACAUUCCCGGCGAUUUAGAAGCUAUUGUGAUAAUUGUACGACGCCGCGCCUCAAAGAUUUGACGACUCAAUUGCUCAAUGACUUGGAUCGGUUCCAGAAGCGUGCCUACGCCCACAAUGAAAUUAAAGCCCGUGCACAUCCGCGACUAGUGGUGGGUUUUCGGGAGUCAUUGUCCAGGCUGCGCAUAAACAAAGUGAAACUGCUAAUCUUGGCCCCUGACUGUGAAAUUUGUCCUGCCCCAGGCGGUCUGGACGACACGAUCGACGAGCUGAAGCUAGUCUGUCAGCAGCAAAGGGUGCCCUAUUGCUUCUCGCUGAUGCGCCGGGAAUUGGCCUAUGCGCUUCGCAAGCGUGCACAAAUCUCGUGUGUGGCCGUUUUGGACUAUGAUGGUGCCAAUGAAACGUAUAAGCAACUGCUGCAGGAGCUGGAUGUGGCGAGCUAUCAGUAUAAAUGUUUGACUGCAACGUGAUCUUUAAUGCUUCAAGGAUUUAAAUAUUCAAGUGCCAAAAAGGGUGCCUACAAAUAUUUAAAUAAACAAAUUCAAGCCAAA